AUGACUUUUUGGCUCAGCAACGAGCGGGCUCCACUGCUCGCCAUACAGUCAUCGUCGUCGCCUUGCCCAAUGACAGUCUUGCUGGUGUGCCAGCGCAGGCACUUGCCUGCACUUGGGAAUGAGGCAAAGCACCGGCCGACUCCUCUUUUUCCUCUCUUGCCUCGUCUCUUCACACCCCACUUUGUACUACUCCUCUUCUCGCAUCCUCCCCACUCGCUUCGAUCGUUUCGGCCAACUUCUUGGUCCCCAGCAGAUUGCCGCUCACCUUAUUUCUUUACUUCUCGCCACACUUUCGCGCGCGAUGCGUCGGAUGGACCGUCUGGCUGUUGGACUUUCACAGCAGUCGCGCGAACACUGGAAAGAUAUCCCACGUAG